CCGCCAUACGACCAUUUUCGCCGCCUCCUCACCAUUACCAUGCGCGCGUUCAUCGACUUGUGCGUCGCCUUCGUUCUCGCAAUCGUCAUACUCUGGCUCAUAUUCCGCCCUCAGAGGAUGCGAAUCGCUGUAACAUCCGCUUCCCUCAGUCGUUUCAACCUCACAUCCUCCUCCACCUCCAUCCGAUCACUUUCAUUCGAUCUCUCGACCAAUCUCACAUUCCGAAACCCUAACAAACGGGCCGGCAUCUACUACGACUGGCUUGAAGCUCAAGCCGACUACGAUGGGAUGCGAAUUGCGUGGAAGGGUCUGCCGGUGUUUUACCAGGGAAGGAAGGAGACGACGGAUGUUGCGGCGGAGCUAGACGGACGGUCGACGAUUGGUAUUGGUGGCGGCGGCGAGUUCGAGAGGGAUAACGCUGCCGGAGUUUUUCCGGUGGGGUUGUGGAUUUUCGGCCAGGUGAGGUACAAGUUCCGGUCGGCGGUGACCAGGAGUUAUGUAUUGAAGGCGUUUUGCCCGUUGAGGUUGCCGUUGGGGAAGGCUGAAGUUUCCUUGACUGAUUGUAGGGUUUUGGUUCUAUACAAAUUUUAUAUUUUGUGGAUGAAUUUUAUUUUAUUUUUUUCUUUUUUUGUAUUAAUGAUUAUAGCGUAAUACUGCAAUUUAUGAUUAUUAGUAUGGAUUUGGUGAUGCUAAUUUUGGGAUGAAUUGUAUGUGUGA